CUCAGAUGGAGCUGGACAUCGAUCCUCGCGGGUUGUCCGUUGCCCGCUUCGCCUUUUCUGCGUACGUUUUCUGCUUUCCUCCGUUUUCUCAGGCUUUUUCCGCCCUUAUAAGCAAGGGAUGGUGGCUACUUCCCCACUCACUUCCUCUGCUCUUCUGUUUUACCCUUUCAAGUUCAAUUGUUUGCACAUGCAUGGUGGGAUUGUGUGGGUGUAGGCCUUUUGAACUUUAAUCUGAUUAUUGGCUUCACAAUUGGAUAGUUUCUGGUCUGGUCAUUUGGUUUUUCUAAGACUUUUUCGGCCCUUAUAAGUAAGGGAAGGUGGCAACUUCCUCACUCUCUUCUUCUGCCCAUUCAAGGCUUUUUCGGCCCUUAUAAAGUUAUCAGUAAGGGAAGGUGGCAACUUCCCCACUCACUUCUUCUGCUCCUCUGUGUAACCUUUAAAGGCUUUUUCGCCCCUUAUAAGUAAGGGAAGGUGGCUACUUCAAUUCCUCUGCUCCUCCGUUUUACCCUUUCAAGGUUCUUCCAUUUAAGACAAGAUAUUCAUCCUUACCCAAGUCUCUAUAUCUCUACAUGAGGUAUGAACCAAUCGUCCUGGGAUUUGGAACCCCGACAUCCACGGAGUCAAGCUACAACAAUAUCUUCUACGGAGUACUUGAUAGAAGAAACAGGAGAAACAGGGGCCACCAUGGCUUCCUCCACAUCUCAAGACCUCAUCCUCAUCGGCACGUCUCCCGCCACCCAACUAUGUGGUCUUAACCCCUCCCGCCCCAUUCUUUUUGGCCCUAUUCCAAAUGGAGCACGUGAUCGAAGCCCAAUUGUUGUUAUUAUUCCCUAUGGUGGUGGGAGGAUUUCCAACUUUCCUCCCACUGCCAGAUUGGUGGGUCCCACCGCCCUAAACCUGAGGCGGACGAGGGGGAGCAUAUUGUUGAGCUCGUGGAAGUUGUUCUGGGACGGAGUGCCGGAGAGGAUGAUACACCGCGGGGGUAGCCCUAUAAACUUCAAAAGAAUGAAUCUUCCAGAGCUUUUCGUCAUCCUUCUUGUACAAUCUCCCGCUACCAUCUCCGACCAUCGUUUCAAAGAGGCCGUAGGUGAUCCCGGCCCCUUUUGACCAGCUGUUACUGGGCUGAGUGGAAGCUCUCCAAUGGGAAUAUUAGUCAAUUUCUGAAGCCUAUCUUGAGUUCUUUUAUCAACCCCUCCAAAAAUGAUUUGUGAUUUAGCUUUGUUAAUACUCAAGCAUGUAGUUUUUUCAGGUCUGGAUGCAACUUGGGGUCCAUAUACUUUAUCUGAUCUGCUCUCCUUCCAUAUACUCAAGCCUCUUUAGUGGUUCUUUCAGGUCUGGAUGCAACUUGGGGUCCAUAU